CUGCAUAUGCAUAUCUUGCACUUCUACUCCGGUUUGAGGCAGCACUCAUAGUAGAAGGGAAAUUUCAGUAUAAAUACUUGUCUGUGGGCAAGCCACUAUUAUCUGCCGUCAAGGCGGUUUGGCGAGAGAUCUUCCGAUCGAUGGGUUAGGCUGGUUGAGUUUGAUCGAGUCCUCAUCGGUUGAGAUUGCCUGAUUAAAUGUUCAACUGAUUUUCUCCAUUGGUCAUCGGGCGGCAGAGGAAUAUAUUCAUCAUGCGUGGUGCUACUGUGUGGCUGCAAUACCUUAGCAAAGAUGUUGACGGCGCCACAAGGGAGAUAUUAGAUACUAUUUGGUUGACGCCCAACAUCAAGACCAUGUAUUUUGAUGGUUGGAACGGUUUUGGUGCAUCUGCUGUUCUUAAAUCCUUAGCUGCAGUGUUGCCAUCUGAGAGGACUGUUCCGGGAUUAUGCUUUGACAAAAUAAUUUGUAUAGAUUGCUCAGAGUGGAAAAAUAGAAGAGGAGUGCAGAGGGCAAUUGCAGCGGAACUGCAACUUGAUUGUUCUGUAAUGGCUAUUCUAGAUAAGCAAGAUGAAUAUGAUGAUUUUUUGGGGUAUGAUGAAAGCCUGAGACAUGAGAUAGAUACUGUUAGUCAAAUGAUUAACCGAACCGUGAGGGAUAUCAGAUUUAUGAUGAUUUUUCUUAAUGGGAGUGAUGCCGAGAUUGAUGUACGUGCCAUGGGUAUUCCUCUAACAAACUAUUGCAACAACAUGAUGAUAUGGGCGUUCAGCAGAAGCUGCCCGCCCAUGCAUCGCGACCCUUCUGAGCUAGCAAAGAAUCUAAGAUGUACUCAGGUUUUCCUUCAUUGUUCUAUCAAAGAAAUGACGAUCUCACAGUUUCGUGAACUGCUGCAUCAAGAAGCUGCUACCAUAGUUGCUCGCAACCCAUGUAUGCUUGACAUUGCCCCAACAAUUGUUGCAGAUUGCUGUCUCUAUGAGUUAUUCCUGCUAUAUAAUUUCCACACGGCCACUAAUUUUGAUUGGGUUUCUCAUGCUUCCAACUAUUGGACAUGCGAUGCAAUCAUACAAGGGGACCAAGCAAAUGAUAUUGGUAAUGCACUGCAUCUAGAGAUAAAUUGGAAGUGUGAUGCUUCUCUGCUUGAUCAUGUUCUUAAAAUGUUCAUGAAACAUUCAAAGUCUUCUUUUCUGCCAACUAAUGAUGAUGAAGAAGAUGAUGAUGAUGAUGAUGAAGAUGAUGAUGAUGAUGAUCUCUUUCAAGAUGGACAAUUGGAGCCUCCUUUUCUUGAACUGGAUACUACUUUUCUGGUAAUUAGAGAUGGUGAUGUCUACCAAGAAGGACCGUACCAUUGGAUUUCGGUCACAUCAAGGAAUAAAGAAGUACAUGGUAUGAGGACAAUACCUGCAGCUACAUCAUCUUUCUUCUUGGCAUUUGAAACAUCCGAUCACCCACGAGCUUUACCAAAUGGAUUUUUUGAUCAUUGCAGCAAGCUUGGUGUGCUGAUUCUCUGUUGUUGUGCCUUCAAUUUUGCUUCACCUUCUUUCCUGAAGUGUCAUGGCCUAAGAUUCCUUGGACUGGACCACUGUACAGAUUACAAAACAAUUGAAGUAGAACAUAAUACAGAGUGGUUAUUUUUGUAUGUCCUGCGGGUGCUGGACAUACGUUACACAAACUGGAAUGAAAUCUUUUCUCCAGAAAAGAUGGAUCUCAUGACUAACAUCAGAGAGCUAAAUAUAGAGGGAGUCAUGGGUUGGCAGUACAUAACUCACCUACAUCACCGGUUACCUGACCUUCAGAGGCUCCGAAUAAUCAAACCAAUAUGUCAUUGGGGGAUAUCGGAGGAUGUCGACAAUUACUUCAUAGAUAAGGAAAGUAUGGAAAUACUUGACUUGUCAGGCAAUUGUGACAUGAAAAUUCUUCCACCAAGCCUAUCAAAGGCAAGUGGCCUCCGGUUGCUUGUACUUGAUGGUUGUGAUGAACUGGAAAGCAUUGGUGGGCUUCCUCCCUCCCUCGAAUCCGUUAGCUUUAAUGGAUAUGGGCCAGCUUCUCAAUGGACACAAGCUGUUGAGCUACCUCCAAAACAGUUGUGUCCAUCCAGCAGAACUGAUAAUAAGGAUGUCAGAAUAUACAAGAUCUCCUUAGCAGGCUGCACACUAUUGGAGAAUUUGUUCUUGUGUUGGCUACCCAACCUGGUGGAAUUGGACCUCUCUGGAACAUCAAUCAAGAUACUUGACUUCGAGACUAUGGUGGUGCAAAUCCCAAGGCUCAAGCGACUGUUUCUAAUAGGAUGCAAGCACCUUCGUGCAAUAACCUUUUUGCGCGAGAGUGUUCCUGACCUGGAGUUGGUGUGCAUAGACACACGAGAAGGAAUCGUGUGUCCUCGACCAUCAUUCAACAAAACCAAAUCCUUCCAGCUGCAAGUGCAUGCCGUUGUUGUGGAUGCGAGGCUUGCUUGCUCCUUUUUGGACAUGUCAACUAAGGGUACUAUUUAUUUUAGUAUCCAUGUCACCUCCUUGCCUAUAAUGUCUCAUGGGGUUGUUCAAUUUGAAGCAACCAACAAGGAUAAGAUAUACCCCAGUGAUCAAGAGGGCCCACAACUUACUCCAGCAGGCCAGUACAAUGAUGUCCUUGGGAUGGUCGGCACUCCCCCGAUGCAGGCCUUUCCACAGCCUCCCACUACAAAGUCUGAUCGACACGUAGAGAUUGCUGAAGGGAGCUUCUACGUGGAGACGGAACUAGAAGGGGAUAAUGCACUAGGCCAACUGAUAGCAGGUUAUGCGGAAUCCCUGCAUGUGCAUGAUAUCUUGGUACCAGCUAUUCUACCUAGACACUAUGGGUGGAGCCUUAGGUGCUGUUGGAUGGAGAGGUGCCCGAACUUGGAUGCCGGUAUCUUUUCAGAAUCCUAUGUUUUUUCUGAAUUGGAGACCUUCUGGGCAUCACAUCUCCUAAUGGCCCGCUGGAUUUGGAGUACAAGGUCGGUCAACAGUGCUCGAUUCGAGAAUCUGCAGCACAUACACCUGCGCUCCUGCACCAGGCUACAGGUCGUGCUUGCAGGGUGGUUCACCAACUUGCCAAGUUUGGAGACCCUCCAUAUCAUCCACUGUGGCGACCUCAGCCACGUCUUCAUAUGUAAUCGGCAAGAUAAGGACACCUAUAAUUCACCCUUCCUGAAGCCAGAUAAAGUCUACGAGGAAUCAUUCCCAAAGUGGACUAGCAUCCACCUACACGACCUCCCGAAGCUGCAGCAGAUAUGUGACGUCAAGAUGGAGGCACCUGCACUCAAGAGCAUCAAGAUCAGGGGAUGCUGGGGCCUGCGCAGGCUGCCAUCCGUGGGUGCCCGUGGCCAAGGCGAGAAUAAGCCCACCGUCGAGAUCGAGAAGGACGUGUGGGAUGCUCUGGAGUGGGACGCGGACCACCGUCCUGACCACUUCGAGGCACCGGUCCACUCACGCUAUUACAAGGAGAAACUUCCCAGGGUCUCCGUCCUCAGAUGCGCUAUAUAUGCAUAUGCCUACUGAGUCCAUCUUUGUAUUAGUUCCGCCGCUGCUCCAGAUCGCAUUCAACACAAUGAAUUACUUACUAUUUUGGUUUCUCGCCUAGGUGAAAACUCUGCACUGCGGCUGCCACUCCUGCUGCUGCUGGAUCAUGCGUUUGGUUUGCUUCUGUGCUUGCUUCGGUUUCUAUUGUGUUAUUGUUGCCAAUGCCUCAGGUGCGAGCUUAUGGUGGCUGUCACCAUACACUGGCUUUUGAAUAAGUGGAAAAGUUUAUGCUUACGUACACAGACCUGGCCAAUGUGUUUGUGUGUGGUUUGUGAUUGCUGCGUCGGCCAGGCUGCAUUUCAGUGUGUGGAUUUGAUGAGUGCUUGGUUGUUAUGUGUGUGGAAUUGUAAUGGCUGCCUGCCUAUGUGUGCUUGCGUGCAUCUACAAGGAUAGCUGCUUGCAAGUGUCACUUUUUUUUUUAGUGUGUUUGCCAUGUACUAUCUGUACCAAAAGCAGCUCGGCUGGUUGUGUGCGCUUAUGUAUGCAUCAAUCGACCUUGGUGCUCC